AUGGUCGACCAAAGCGACGUGUUUUAUGAUCAAAUAGCCUCGUCUCUUGUGCAGGCUACGGAAGUCAUGACUGACUCCUCGCUACCGGACGACAACAAACUACACAGCCCAGCCAGUCAAUCAGGCCCAAUGGACCAGCAGACAGCACAUCCUAAUCUGGGCCAGAGUUUAUUGCCAAGUCAAGGUGAUACAACAUCAUUCUCACACAAUCUUGACCCCUUCGGAAUUUUGGGCGGCCCUGCUCCCUUAAACAACUUACUUGAUGAACCGAGUAGCUCCAUCGGAGAGAUGGACUACGACACUCAAGUAGGUUUCUAUAGCUUAGAUCAAGUGCAGCAUUCUUCUUCGGCCCCUCAACUUGAAUCGCAUCAGACCAAUUCUGAGUCCCAAAUUUCAGGUUUUCAGUCGCGUCAGCAUUACAAUUCUGGCCAAUCACAUCCCCCAUUAGGUUUACCUUCUUCGACUGCUGGUAUUGAGAAUGAUGCUCCUGUUUCUGGUGUCGCCAAUUCUACGGGUCAAUUGAUAGCUAAUUCAUCCCUCUUCACGAUGGAAGCCGGCUCAAUGGUCUCUGCUUCCUUCGCCCAUCACACCAACAUCGAGACCAGUCCAAUCUAUCCAGGCGUCUUUCCUCAUGCUCCGGGGAGCAACGGUGAUGAUGAGGACAUGGGCUCCAUGAGCGGUGAGGAAUAUUACGAUGAUUAUGAUGAUGAUGAUGAUGAUGAUGAUGAUGAUGAUGACGAUGAUGAUGAUGGAGAUUCCGAUGAUGAGGACAUCCCGGCGUACGGCAAUACCCUCAUUGAAGAUUCUGACCUAUAUCGUUUCUCCUAUGACAGGUUGCCCCGAGUUCCUUCUAUAUUUGGCAGCUCGAGAAGUACAUACGAUGAUUCCAAUUCGGAGAUAAACGAUACCGAAAAGUUUUACAUAACCGAUGAUGAAAUAUCUUGUUGUGAUCCUACAGAACACAGUAACCCAAUGUUUGACUUUGGCAGCGAUGUGCAUGAUAGUAGAGUUUAUCAAAAUCAGGCCCAAAGCUCUACCACCAAUGGACGCUCUCAACCCAUUUCUUUUACGAACUUCGACAACAGCACUAUCCAAAGUUUUACCCUUAGUAACGGCGCGGAUGAAGACGAUCACCUCGAUUUCGGGGGGUUUCCGCAAACUGAAACCGUGUCAAAUUUCAUUUCUCAGUUCUCAAUUUUUGCAACACCAUCUAAAGGAUUCUUCUUAUUUCGUGAUUCCUAUAAUGCCCUUUUCGUCAAUGACACAACGAUCACUUUCCUUGCUGGUCUUCACAUGACGGACGCUUUUUUGAAAUCUCAUGAUCAUACAAAAGAAUCACCACACUUUGUAUUAUAUCAAACACUGCCCUGGCCCAGGACUUCAGCCUCUCCACAAAUCACCCCACCAAGCCGGAGAAUUGCUGCAGUUACACGCCCUGAUGCUCUUCUAACUGAGGACCAGUAUACUUACAUGCACGGCCCCUCUGAAGAGUCAAUUUACUUCGUCCCUCCGUCAUUGGUUUUAAAAUACUUCAGUGCCCAUAUUGCCAGCAGUCUUCUAGCGGCCCCUCUCGCUCCAUGCGAUGGCCAUACAUACACACUUGCUAACGGACUUGAAUUUCCAGCGUUCGAGAAGAAUCUAACAGUCGAGAUGUUCAUUAAGCAAUGGCUUAUUCGAUCAAGAGUACCUCUCGAGCAGCUUGCUUUGAAGGAUCGACCACACGUCACGAUAUCAGAUGCAGCAGCAGACGUCUCGUAUUGGCCUCGUCCCCACAAGAUAACGCGUCCUGAGAAGCACCAAUUUAAGGUUUAUGAUAUUCAGAAUAUUCCUUGGUCAAAAAGGAUGAGUGUCCGGAGGUCCGAUGCUAGGAUCCUUCGUGAUAGCUGGUACAAAGGCUACCGUAAUUUGAUAUUCAAUCCUCACGGGACCGAGAAAUUCUUCAUGGCGAAGACCAUGUAUACCAAAUACAAGGCGUCAAUGUCCCAUUUUCAACUGCGCAAUCUUAUGUCCGUGACAUCGUCGAAUACCGUGCAAUAUGCUCAUCGGUCCAAAAUUUACACAGUAACCCCGUUUCACAGCCAAAAACAUUUCCUGAUAGACCUCUCAAAUCCGUCAAGAUCGGCGACCUUUUUUGAGCCAGUCAAAAUUUCAACCAUGAAAGCGAAGCACGGUGUCACAGUAGUUGUUGGCGAUGCUAAAGAAGCAUGGAUAGUCGAUAGCGAAAGUGGAAAACCGGUGCAACCACUAGUCGGCCAUCAAGACUUUGGGUUCGCAUGCGCGUGGUCGCCGGAUAUGCUCCAUGUUGCAACUAGCAAUCAGGAUGGAACAGUCAACAUCUGGGAUGCUCUCAAUGCACAAACCUACCAGACACGUCAAGUACACGAUUUCUUUGGUGAAAUUGGAGGGGCUGACUACACACCUGAUGGAGGCCGGAUCUGGGUCGCAAAUAUGGAUCAUAUGUUUGGCGGAUUGAUGGAGUUCGAUCGAUGCCAGUGGGGUCAGGAGUUUGGAAUCGGGCGAACGAGGAAGCGAUAUAUAGAGGAGCGCCUUGAUACUUACUAUCCCGAUUUGCCUAAUGAGUGGCUUCCUGAAGCGGACUUAGAUGAUGAUGAGAGGUGUGCGCUCGGGCCUGGAGAGAGAAAGUUGCGCUUCAGGCGCUUGAUGGGCAACAGAGAACAUGCUGACCUUCUUUGUUGA